GCUGUCAGUCUGCUUCACAAGAAAACCGAGCUGGAACACUCUCUGAAGAUGGCUAUGAGAUUGCUGGAGAAUACUCACUGGUUAGGUGGUAUUCCAGGGAACCUGUCAGCCGGCACACCGUUGCUGAUUGACAAGGAAUUACCGGAGUUCGCAUCUAGACUUGGUCCAGGUUUGAUUCCGUGUUCAACAACCGUUGGAGAUGCAGACUUGUUGAACUUGGGAGAAGAAGGUGACAUAUCCCGACCGACCACUCAGAAUAAUAGGCUGCAGCAAGACCGCCAAGAAGUUUGUAGGGUAAUAAGUCAACAAAUAGAACGUACUUUUUUGCAGAGUCGACCCUCAUACAACCGACCGCCCGCCGAUAACCUCCCAUUUACCGUUGAACAAUCUCUACCAACUGUCCAAACCGAUGAUGACCACAGACCGUUGAUAACAUCCCCUGAGUCCAGGCGAUUAUCGAGGGAGUUUGCCGAAUCAACAAGGAGAGUUUCCUUUGCGUCAUCUCCUACCGUAACCGCUGGGGUGAGAGAAGUAGGUAGCGAAGUCUCAACGGCCAAGGAAAUCGAACUGACGACCGAAGAUCCGUCGACGAAACCGCCGAAAACUACCAAUUUUUCCGUUCCUACUAUUCCUGUAUGGAAAUGGAGCCUGACAUUUGAUGGGUCGACCAGUGUGACCUCGUUCCUGGAAGAGGCUGAGUAUCUUGCCGAGGCUAGAAAGGUGAGCCAUGAACAGUUGUUUGAGUACAUCUACGAGUUGCUACGUAAAGAUGCGAGAGAUUGGUACAUCCCUCGAAGAGGCACAUUCAGCGACUGGACAGAUUUCAAAGACCAACUCCGAGAGGCCUUUCUUCCCCCUGAUUACGAGGAGAUUCUACUAGAGGAGAUCAAGAAACGCACUCAAGGAACCGAUGAACGACUCUUGUUGUAUGUAACUCGAAUGCAAAAUCUGUUUCAGAAACUGACCGUAAAGCGACCGACCGAGGAAGAGCAGGUGAAUAUCAUCAGACGACGUUUACUGCCAGAAUUACAAACCGCCCUGGCCUUCCAACCGACUUCCACGAUAGAUGAACUGCUCCGAAAAGGAAAAACUUUCGAAUUGGUCAAAUGGCAAGCUGCUAACUAUACUUCGCCACCGAUACAAAAAGGUCUCAUCAACGAACAGCAUCUUACUUUCCGAAAUCCCUCACCGAACGUCCAAUCGAUCGGAAUGCACCUCAGCACACUGUCCGAACCGUCCGAUAAACCGAAACUUGUCCAAAACUCUACAGCACGUCAGAGACAAGAUGAACCGAAGAAUACCGUCCGACCGCCAACCGAAACCCAGUGCUGGAGAUGUGGUGGUAAGGGCCAUCUACGAGUACAGUGUAAAUCGAAACCGAUACUUUUCUGCUCUCGAUGUGGUAAGAAGGGUGUAAUGUCCAGAGAUUGUCAGUGUCCGUUACCGAGGAACUCCCCAAAGCCGGGGAUCCGUCAGUUCCAAUCAACUCCAUCCCCUGUUAUUCCGAAGAAAACCUUUUCUGAUAACCGUCCUAUAAUUACUGUUCUUAUAGGAGACAAGGAGUUCCAGGCACUAUUGGACACCGGAUCAACCAGGUCCUUCAUCAGCAGUGAAGUGGCUGCUCACUGCAAGGCCGCUAGAAUAAAUCCGAAUUAUGUUAGGGACGUUACCACCACUGUCGCUAACGGAAGUUCUAUCCCGAUUGAGGAAGUGUACACAGCACAGGUUCAGGUUGGAGCCGAAAAUAUUGAGGCUACGUGGUUGUUAGUUUCAGAUUUACCGAUCAGUGUAGUACUGGGAAUGGAUGUACUGAGAGCACACGACUUCUCCAUCAAUCUCCAAACCGCCGAAUGCUUUCUGAAUGGCAGGUCUCUAAAGGACAAGCCCAUGACGCAGGAAAAGCAGAAUCAGAAUCCGUUACCGUUACCGUUACCGACCGAAGGAACCAUAUGCCUGACCGAGGACAAUAGCCAGAAUUGGGAAAUCCCUGGAAGUUAUGUGUUCCGAAAGAUGACCGAAGAGAAGUCCUUCUCGAAAACCACGACCGACCGACCGCUGGACACUUGGGAAUAGCAGAAACGAAAUUUCGCAUAGCCCGCAGCUACUAU